GAAGCCGGGUGGCUUUUCUGCGCAUGUGGGCCCGCUGCCGCCGCUGCUGCUUGCUGUCUAAAGGAGGAGAAGGCGAGGCGGGGAGGACGGAGCGACCCCAGCCCCGCGCCGCCCCUCUCCCUGCGCCCUCGCCAUGGGCGGCUACGAGUACGUGAGCGCCGAGCAGCUGGCCGGCUUCGACAAGUACAAGUACAGCGCUGUGGACAGCAACCCCCUCUCCCUGUAUGUUAUGCACCCGUUUUGGAAUACGGUGGUUAAGAUUUUCCCUACGUGGCUGGCCCCAAAUUUGAUAACGUUUUCUGGCUUCCUGCUGCUUGUCUUCAACUUCUUCCUCAUGGCAUAUUUUGAUCCUGACUUUUAUGCAUCUGCGCCUGAUCACGAGCACGUUCCUAACAAACUGUGGGUCAUAGUGGGUCUUCUCAAUUUCGUAGCUUACACACUAGAUGGUGUGGAUGGGAAGCAGGCUCGCCGGACCAAAUCCAGCACCCCGCUGGGCGAACUCUUUGACCAUGGCUUGGACAGCUGGGCUUGCAUGUUCUUCGUGGUGACAGUUUACUCCACCUUUGGCCGGGGACCCAAUGGCGUCAGCGUCUUUGUCCUAUACCUACUCCUUUGGGUGGUUUUGUUCUCAUUUAUCCUCUCCCACUGGGAGAAAUAUAAUACAGGGAUUCUCUUCCUGCCGUGGGGAUAUGACAUCAGCCAGGUGACCAUUUCCAUAGUGUACAUAGUGACCUCGAUUGUGGGAGUGGAGGCCUGGUACGAACCUUUCCUGUUUAAUUUCUUAUAUAGAGACCUAUUCACUACAAUGAUUAUUGGUUGUGCACUCACUGUGACCCUUCCCAUGAGCCUGCAUAAUUACUACAAAGGCUACUCAAGCAACACAUUGAAGCAUGACUCCAUCUAUGAAGCGAUGCUGCCUUUUCUGUCGCCCGUGCUGCUGUUCGUCUUGUGCACCGUUUGGAUCUUCCAGUCACCGUCGGACAUCCUCGAGACCCACCCCCGCCUCUUUUACUUCAUGGUCGGGACAGCGUUUGCUAAUAUUUCGUGUCGGCUGAUAGUCUGCCAGAUGAGCAGCACCCGGUGCCAGCCUCUCAACUGGAUGCUCCUGCCACUUGCCCUUGCCCUCCUGGUCAUAAUGUCAGGGCUAGUACAGCGCUACGAAACUCUCCUCCUCUACUUGCUCACUGGCAUCAUCACCUUGGCACACAUCCACUACGGAGUCGGUGUGGUGAGCCAGCUGAGCAAGCACUUCAACAUUCGGCCCUUCUCUUUACGGAAGCCCAACUCCGAUUGACUAGCCGUGGAGGAGGCAGCGGAAGAGGAGAAAGUCAGCCUGCACUCUGCAGAGGCGCUGUAAAGUCAGCAGCCUAUGUAAAUACACUUCAGCCAUCACCAUGGAACUGAAUUGACCCAGUUUGGAAGGUCAUGGGAAGGGGCAGAGAAUUCCAGAGACUGGCAGUGGAGACUGUUCUUUCCCUGCCCCCUCCAUCAUGCCACAUGAAUGGGAAGAAACUUCACAGUUGCGAUCAUGGGGUAGACCAACGGAACGUGCCCAAGGAAUCGUCAAGACCAGGCAUGGGGGAAGUGCCAUUCAGAACCCUUGAAAAAUCCGAAACCAAGAGCCAGGCACUGGCAGUGUCUCUGGAGCCACAAGACUGCCACAGAACAUCCGUGGGCUGCCCUGAGAACGUGGCCUCUCAGAAUGAAAGGAUGAAGUGGUGGACUGCUCCACAUCUCCUGCCACAGAUUAAGUCGUGCAAGGGGCUUUUGUAGAAAAUCUGUAGUAAAAGAGGCUUGAUGAAAGUCAUUUGGUUGAAGCAUGACUAACACGUAAAAUGUUCCCCCAUACUCCAUUCUCCCCUCUGCCUACCACCAUUUUGGCCCUGCAGAUAUUGACACUGCAGAUGCUGUAAACUCAAGUGUGUCUAGAGGGGUCAUCAUCCCACCACGUGCCAGUAGCCACGCUUGGAGCUCAAAGUGAAAUGGUCAGACCCUCAUACAUUAUGUUUAUUUCAAGGUUUUUGUUUGUGGUGUAUGGUGUUAAUUUCUCGUGAUAAUGUGUACACUUGCAGCUACAAUAUUGUGUGAGGAUAUUUCCAAGGCUCCUUUGGCAGGCACGUAAGUGUACGUAUGCACACCUUCCUAACACUAUACUGUUUUAGUAUGGGGAGAAGAGAAUUUGCUUUUUCUUUUCUUGGGGGGGUGGGGUGUGUGGGGGGAAAAGGUCAUUUUAUAACCCAUCUUUAGUUAGACCUUUCUAACCAUGUGGCUUGUUUCUGUUUCUCCAACUGGCAAUGUUGUGGCCAACCAUUCUUAAUCCUGUUUAAAACUGAGUGGUGGUGAAGAUUCAAGUGCUGAUUUUUCCCCCUCUUCUGUAUGUUUCUUUAUUUAAUGAAGAAAACUUUUUAUUUUUGUGCUUGUAUGAAGAGUGCCGCCUAAACCCAACUUUGUUGGAAAGGCUGCACCCGGAAGAAAUGGAGCGCAGCAGAGGACGUUCAUAUGUAAUUUACAGCAGGGUAAAAGUUUCAUGUUAUGAAACGUGAGGCAGGCAAAUCCCGCUUGGAAUAUCCCUCUUGUGGGUGAGAUGUGUAUUUCUGUAGGAAAAAAAAAUCUCAAUUGUGAAAUUACUAUUUAACUUUCCCCCCCUUUUUUUGUAAACUUGAAUCAUUAUGUCAAGCAAGAUGUGUGAGCAUUGUAAAAUCCAGGUUCCAGUUCUUAGCUCACUUUUUUCUGUGUGUAUAUAUAUUUUUAAAAUUAAGUUUGACCGCAGAUUCUGUUUGUAAAUGUUUAAUGUGCAAGAGAAGAGCAGAUUCUGAUAAUUACUGGUACAAAUUGCAAAAAGCAGCAGGAAAAGAAACCUGAGGUGGGGGCAUGGAUGACGAAACAAAAAUUCUGAUUGUGCUUGUUUGAUGAAUGUUGAACUGUGGUGGGGAAGGGGGCCUCCUUCCCCCCUUUUCAUUAAAUUACUUUGCACAGGAAGGAAGGGUACACAAGGGGAAUUAGGAUGUGCUUGAAUAGCUGAUGUUGUAACAUGUGGAAUCAAAUACCGUAACAAGUUGUAAACUGCACCUUGAAAAAUAUAACACAAACUUAAAAUCUUACAGAGCCUUAUUUUCUGGCUCUGGAGGCUGCUGAAUCAGAGCAAAGAGCUUAAGUUUUGUGUGCAUUUGUGCAUAGAACCAUUGCAGGAAUGCUUGGUUCCCUUUCUCUUUCUCUUGGUGCCGGGCUCUUCAAACUGGGGGUUCUAUGACAAUGUCCUGCAAUGUCCUGCAUGUAAAAAUCCUUUGGAUAGAAGAAUGGCCUUUUGCAGAAGCCAAAGGUUUUAGCAGGGUGAAAGUAUGUCACCUGCAUGCAAAACUCUGACUCAUUGAUACGAUGCAGUACAUAUCGACCCUGCCUGGUGGAAGUAUAUUUGGAAUCAUCGAUGCUUAGUUGUGCAUGCCCACCAGUGUGCCAGGACAACUUCCCCUUCACGGUGUUUCUGCGUUUGUGUUACAGGCUUCUUCCAAGGCAGAUUGCUUGUCUGUCUCUUUCUGUCUAAAAACCUGGUUCUACUUUCCUGUCUGUCUGUCUUAGCUUCUCAAUAAUAAGGAAAUUGGUGCCUUAAAUGACUUGCCUCAAGUUGAGGAAGAAGUCAGUUGUCUUAAUUUUUUUUUUAAACUUACCGUCCAAUUUAAAGGUGCAAGGAUAGCAUCUUCUGCUGUGAAAAUAGGGGAAACGGAUUUAAUUUGUGCUGGUUUGGUCUUAAUUUUGAUAACAUUGGAAGCAUUAUUGCAAAUUUAGUGGGAAUCAAAUGCACCAAUUUUUUGUCUUUUGUGUUUGUAGCACCUUUUUGUGUGCGCAAGUAUUCUUAAAGGUAUUAUGUGUACUGCAGGGGUGACUGUGUGUUUUGCCUCUCCCCUGCAUCCCAGAGGAAUUUGUAAAAGCCUGAAAGUUGUUCUGAGUCCUCUGUGCUUGCUGGAUUCCCUCUGUGAAUAAGUGGCACGUUCUUUCCAUUAGUGAGACAGAGGCAGUCAUUUUGCUCACCCUGGAAUUCUCUUUUUUCACCGCUUGAAGUGACUGCGCCAUCUUGCUGCUUUGCUUGUUGUGGUUUGACUCAUGGCUCCUCCUCAAUAGCUGCUUUGACUUCUAAGGAGUUGCUCAGCAGGGUUCUUCUGUGGUCUGUGGACAGAGACCUGCCACAGGGCAGAUGCCACAUUUGCAUUCUGCAGGAUCCAAACUAUGGAGGCAGAGCUUGGUCCAGGCAAGCGCUCCUGUGAAGGGAAGAUCUGCUUUCACAGUUGCUUAAUGAGUUCUUACGAGGGGGAGAGAAGGAAUCGGCCGAGUCCAGAAGGCUCCAGCAGAAUGCAGAAUCCACUUCUGCUGUGGAGGUGAGAGUCAGAUGGAUUGGAAGUGGAUAACAAAUGGCUAGGAAACUUAGAUUGGAAGUGGAUAACUAAUGGCUAGCAGACUUAUGGUUCAUUGGCAUACAAACCUGGUUGCUUCUACUUGGUACCAACUUUGAGGGUGUACUCAUUUUCAGAGUGGCUGCUAAUAAUUUGGGGUUGGUCUGUACCUCGUGAGGACCUGUUGGCUAUUUCUAGUUUAGAUCUCAGUAGAAUGCCCUGGACAAUGGUGUCUGUACAACCUUUGCUUGUUCCAGCAAUGUUGGUUGGGCAGUGUGGGUGUGUGUGUAAGCCAUAGCCUUGAAAGAACUCUUUUCUUUUUUGCUUUGAAAAGCAAUCAUAAGAGGUAGAGUUCUGUGAUGGGGAUUUCUGAGAGAGGUCCUGCUUAUAUAGGUUUAUUUCCACCCCACCUGUCCCAGGCUUAGCAGCAACUCUGCUACCAUAUUCUGGGACUUGGAGGCAUGUUUUCUACUGCAGGCCCAUCUGGAAAUGCAGGCAUUUCAGGCCAUGGCUUUGCCUCUCUGGCAAAAGGCUAAAUUAGGCCUCUGUCUAAAGCUGUAUAUAUAAAUGUAAAGAGGUUCUCCAUGCUCUGGCAAGGGUCUGUGGCCUGUCUUUUUUCUGCACAUGAAAGGCUCCUUAUUUUGCUUGCAUUCAGAGUGGGCCCCAUUAGGAAACAGGGGUGGCAGCUCUAUUACAAAUGAACCGUGCAUAAAUUCUGAACUUGCCUUGCUUUUCCUUGAUCUUGGCAUUUUGGAAAAGCUAAUUGGCAGGCCAUUGUCUGAAAGGUGGGCCCGUUUUCCAACACAGCAUACUUGGGAGGGCCAAAUCUGGCUCAUGCCUCCCCCCCUCCUUGGGGGGAAUGUAAAACUGGGUCCCUUUAAGAGUUUGGCCCUCCAGAUGAUGCCUUGGUCUUUUCGUCUGUCUGCCUGGAAGGGCUUACCACAGUUCUAAGGCAAGGGAUUCUCUGAUUUGUAUUUUGCAAUAUGUUCAGUUCACCAGGCUCUGACCUGGACUGACUGCAUCCAUGCAAACUAAUUGUAUAGACUAUUAUUACUGGAAGAAAAUAGCUAUAGGAAAAUGUACCUUGUCACAGUGGGGCGGGGCAGGGUGGACCUCCCAGCACUCCACACUUGGUCUGGAGUCAUAUCUGACUUAUACAUACAUUAUUGGGAGCUUUGACUGUCUUGCGAUGGAUUUGAAUUCUGAUCCAUGAAAUGCUAUUAUUGGUAAAUAUUUAUUGUAUUAAAAAAACCCAACCUACUAUGGAAAUAAACUUCAAUAAAAAAAUUUUCCAAGCUUU